AUGGCACCGCGAAUUCACAUUCAAGUCAAUCAACAAUCAGGGAGAAAUUGUGUGUCGUCGGAUUAUGCAGAGGUACUCUCAGCAAACAGCAGCCAUGUCAUCACAGACGGUCACCUUGACGGCAAUGUCAUUGUAUCGAUGCCAGGCAAUGAGACUGCUAGUUCAUCGCAACAAUUACUCGUCGAAGUGACCUUUGAAGGUCAUCUGUCAACAGCAGUCAAUCUGAAUGUCUCAACGCAGCUGCUGCGACUCGCAAAGAAUAUCACACUCCUCCGAGCAUCCGAUGUGCGCGAACUAGCGCAACAACACACCACCGAAACAGCACGCACAAUCCUACACCCCUUCCACUUCAACAUCCCCCGAACCGCCAACUCCGUCUCGUCCGACGAAUAUGACACCACUCCUCUACCCCCAUCACUCUCCUUCAAACCCAUGCCAGUCUACAACUCCAACGAUCUGAUACUGCGCGGGCAAGGCCGUAUAGAAUACUUCUUGAAAGCCCGACUCUUCGACGACGAAGAAUGCAUCGCCGAGACUGAAGCGCCAGUAACGUUUGCAGCGGCUCGAGAAUGUGCCCCUCCCAUUUGCAUUCCCGACUUUCCUGGCGAAUAUAACCUCGCAUCGUCACGAAGUGUUCGCGAUAGAUUACACCGCCGUGAUCUAUACUAUCUAUCCGUUCAGACUGGGGAACCUGCCCCGCUGUACCUAAACAAGUCAGGAAUGGUGUCUACGGUAGUUCCACUAAAGUGGCACUAUCGCUGUCUAGAUCCAUCGCAACAACACGCAAAUAUUCCCGGGAUAUAUGCCAGCAUCCAGACGUCGCUUCGCGCGACGACCUUUGUUUCUGUGUCUCCGCAAGAUCGACUCCCAUUAGAGGGGGACGCCAACAAGUUGCUGGAUUUUAAGCUUGUUGCGAAUACGACAGGGACGGGUUGUACUCAGGUGCGAAAGUUGCGCAUCGCAUCAUGGGAGGACUGCGGUCUUAAGAAGCAGGACCAACCGACCACAUACCAAGCAACUACCCCCCUGAUCCUCAACUUCGACGCGCCCGAUUACCUCCCUCCUACAUUUACCCAUCCGUACAUCUCCCGACGGUACAGCCUCUCCAUCUUCGUUUCGGUCGAUGUAGAUAACUCGAGGAAUGCGAGUUUGCGAUUACGGGUUCCCGUGCAGGUGUCGUAUGACCGGGGCGAAUGCGCGACAGAGUGUAUGUAUGAGCCAUUCCCAUUGUAUCCUGAAAUACUUCCGCCCUAUAUCAAGUGA